AUGUCCAGCAAAACAAUUCAGCAAAAAAGACCGAAUAGGCAAAAUGACAUUCUGCUGCAACACGACAACACCCAUCCUCACAUUGCCAAUUCAAGUUAUGAUUCAAGAACUCGAAUAGGAAGUGCUGCCUCAUCUUCCAUACCUCCAUACUCUCCAGACUUGAUGCUAUCAGCUUUUCAUCUCUUUCAACCACUUUUGAAUGGUUUGUGUGGUAUAUCAUUCAAUAAUGAUGUGGAAUUGAGGGCUUGGUUGGGCAAAUUCUUUGACCCAAGACCAGGAGAUUUCUAUUGCCGAGGCAUCGGAAAACUUAUUGAAUGA